AUGUCUCAGCCGUUCGGGAAUGUACCUUCCACCGCGAAGGUGCUUCCAACCCCAUUCACAGUCUCGAUUCCUGCGGUGAAACUGGAGGAGUUGGGGACGCUCAUCAAAUUGGCGAAGCUUGCCCCGCCUACAUACGAGAACUCUCGGAUAGACGCAAGAUAUGGUGUUACAACUGAUUGGCUGAAAGAGUACACACCUAGUACUUUGCCGUACCAUCUGAUUGUUCCCUCGCUGCCAGGAUACGCCUUCUCGUCUGGUCCACCACUUGACCGGAAUUUUGGCACUAAGGAUAUUGCUCGUGUCUUGGAUCAGUUAAUGAGAAACCUUGGCUUUGAAAGUGGAUACGUUGCUCAGGGUGGUGACAUUGGCAGUCGGAUUGUCAGAGAAUUGGCCGUGGACUACGAAAGCUGCAAAGCUGUACACCUCAACGUUACUUUCAUGGCACGACCCGUGGGUAUGACGGAUGACCACCUCAGUGAUGCGGAGAAACGUGGUGUUGAAAGGCUAGACGAGUUCAAAAUUUUCGGUAGUGGCUAUGGAAUUGAACACGGUACUCGACCAAGCACUAUUGGUCAUGUCAUCUCUACAAGUCCAAUGGCACUUUUGGCAUGGGUGGGAGAGAAGUUCUUGGAAUGGGUCGAUGACCCUUUAUCUCCGGAGCAUAUUCUCGAGUCAAUCACUUUGUACUGGCUGACGGACACGUUUCCUCGUUCAAUCUACACAUAUCGCCAGAAUUUUCCGCCUCCGGCAAUUCCUGGUCCAAAUGACCCUCGAUGGUAUAUUCGGAAACCAUUUGGUUUUUCGUCUUUUCCCAGAGAGCUGGCGACUCUGCCUAGAUCUUGGAUUGAGACCACGGGCGACUUGGUCUAUUGGGGAGAGCAUGAAAAGGGCGGCCAUUUUGCGGCACUCGAGCAGCCUGAAGCGCUCAAAGCGGACAUAGUUCAGUUUGUAGAGCAGGUUUGGCCGGGAUUUACUGGUGCUAAUUAA